CAUGCAACAUGAUCGUGCUUUUUGGCCACUCUCAGAGCCCACAUAUAGAUCAGGCUCAGGCUGGGACGUGUUCCACCCGUUCCGCCCAAGGUCGCAACCUUCAUCGUACACACCCACAAACGCGCCCUUAUCAGAGCUUCGGAACGCUCUCCUCCAGGACCUCGAUGAAGCGGUCCCUCUCGUCAGCGUCGAAUUCUUUCAAGAUAGUCUGCUUCCAGAUCUUCCAUUGAACGUCGAUGUAGACGCAGUCAUCAAUAGACUGGCAAGGAGGGAGACAUACAGCAAGGGGCGCUGGAAGUACUGGCCCCAAGACCCUGCAGUUUCGGACAAAACGCCUGAGGGUGUGGUAACCAAUGAAGACGUUGUGUUCGCGCAUAUCGCCACCCUGUCGAACGACGUCAAGGAAGCUUGCGUUAUUACUACUCACGGCCUGACAGAUCGGGACGUCAAAUCUGUGCUCAAGUGUAACCCGUCGUGUAUUCCACAUGCAAGCAGCAGGCAACAUCGCAAGAACACACGACCGGACGCUUACGCGCUACUCAAAAGCUACGACUCUGAUAUUCACUGGUGCGACGUGGCUAUACCUGGAGAAUUCAAGAAGAAGUCUGGACAGCCACAGAAGCAGGAUAACUACGAGAAAGUCCUCUGGUCGAUGCACUGGAUCAUGCAAGAAGAUGCACGGCGUAGAUUCGUUUUUGGUUUUACAAUUGCCAACACUUCGAUGCGCAUGUGGUUUUGUAGUCGCUCCGAAGUGCUCGUCUCCGAGGAGUUUGACAUCAUGGCUAAUCGCCGCGCAUUGGUCGACUUCCUCAUACGAAUCACGUUUGCAACACGCUUGCAGCUGGGAUACGAUGAGACCAUCGUUAGGUGCCCCGGACUGACGGGUAUGGAUGUGUCCGUGGUCUACGAAAUUGCUGUCAGAUCGGACAACAAGCAGAAGCCCCCGAUUAAGUGGUACCGUACGGUCCGGCUUAUUUCUGAAUUAGGCGCAAGUACUAUCAGGGGGCGUGGCACCCGCGUGUGGGAGGUCGUCGAGCUUGACAAGCCCAGUGGACAAGCUGUCGGGCUGAGGACGUAUGUCGUGAAGGACAUCUGGCUCGACAAGGGUCGCAGGUCCGAGGGUAUUGCCCUAGAGGAGCUCUACAAGAAAGUUUCCGGCACCGACGCCGAAGACAUUUUCAAGAAGAGCUUCAUGACUACUCGACGUUACGGCGAUGUGUAUGUCCACGGAAGGCGCCCCGACAUCACGGAUUGUUUCAAAUUAUCUCGGCUCCAGUCCGCCCCACUGCCUUCGUGUCCCGAAUUUUUGCGCAUUCCUAUUGGUCCGGAGCCCCUGAAAGUUGUCACAACGCGUCAAGGGACAGUCACAGUUGCGAACCAGGCUGGCAACUUCCCCAGACAGUACACUCGAUACUCUGAUAAGGUUCAUCAUCGUGUCGUUUUCAAUGAAGUCGGGAAGCCAAUAUUUCAAGUGAAGUCGCUGCACAAGGCUUUCAGUCAUAUUGGUCAGGUGUUUCUUGGUGCGUGGUUCGCUCCGUUUGCUGCUCCCGUGCUGACUUACGGCAACGUCCUCAUUGUCGGUGAUCAGGCGAAGAUAACCGAUCUCGAAUACGCCAAAGAAGAAAACGACAACUCCGAGCCCCACGAUAUACGGACGGGCACUUUAUACUUCAUGUCCACCGAGGUGUACCGACAUCGCUACCAGCACCGAUCUUUCGUUGCUGGUCCUGGUCCUGGACCUGCACCGCCCGCACCUAUCGACUUAAACACAGACUUCACUGCCCUGUCUGACGCGGAAGAGGAUAUUGAAGCACCCAUACAAGCAUCCGAUGCAGUCGAUUCUCUAUCGACAGUCGCCUUCCGCUAUAAUCCACUGCAUGAUCUGGAAUCCCUGUUUUGGCUUUGUUUAUUCCUGCUGCUCGGAGCGACCUUCAAGAACGACAAACACCAUAGUCCCUCUCAGAUCGCCGGAUUUGGUGCGAAACAAGAAGCGCUCUACCACCGUGUCUUCAAUGACUUCUCCGAGAGGAUUGAGAUUAUGGUGGAGGGUACAGCCUUUUCGGGGUUAUAUUCCGACCUGCAUCCAACGGUCUCCGCCAUCAUGACACACCUGGAAAGCAUGCGCAUCGUCCUUGUCGAUGCCUUUGUGACUAUGAACGCUGAUCGUCCAGUCCCUUUUUCUGUCGGUCCAGAGACAGCUGGCAAGAUGGGCGCGUACGUCAAGCCUAUCAUAAAAAGACUCCGCGAGCAUGAUUUGGAGAUCCUUGUUGAGGAAGACUUCAGGCCACGAGGAACCGGCGAGGUUGAAAACGGUGGCGAUACAGGCGUUGAUUCACAAGCUCUGCAGGGUAGUGUCGAGGUCGAUCCCUGCAGCAAUGUCGUUCAAUCCUCUGAGAGAGUUACGCGCUCGGGGACCAAGAAGCAGUUUAGAUCUCAGGCGAACACCGCGACAAGCAGCCAGGAAACUAGUGCCGACGGCGUUGCACCCUCUCGCACGCGCGAAGUCGACGGCUGCUGCUAUCAAGAAGACGACUACUCGUGGCGGAAAAUCAUCCACUGGGAAGACCACUCGACCUUCGCGUCGCGGUAAAGGGCUGUGAAGGCCUAGGCACCGUUGAUGAACCGAUGAACCGCCAUAUCCUAUGUGUUCUUCUCUACACUACGAGAAUUUCAUGUUGUUUAUCCUCCAUGACACGCAUGUCCGCAAUACAAUUACAUGUCAUCG